GAGAGAGAGAGGGAGGAAAAGAAACAUGAGCUCAAAAGCCAGAUAGAUAGAGAAGUGAGAUAAUAAAGAAGAGGGAAGAAGGGAGGGUGAGUGGUGGGUUUGUUGUUUCAAUAAAGCUAAAUUAAGCUUAAGCUAAAGAGAAAAAAAAGAGAGAAUUUUUUGCAAAUGUCACAGGACUCUCAGGAGAUAAAGACGAUUGAGCAGUGGAAAUGGUCCGAAAUGCAAGGCCUUGAACUCGUGUCUCCUCCUCAUCCUUCUUCUGAACCCUUUAAAACCAACUCUACUUCCUCCACUCCAACUCCAACUCUAACAAUUAACUCAACACAACAAGAGCAAAACAAUCAAACCCAUCAACCAACUUCACCAGAGAGAAGAGAAAUGGAUGACACUGCCCCAAAGAAAGAUGGUGGAGGUGAUGGUGGUAGUAGUAGCAAUACAUGUGGUGAUGGUGAGAAACCAGGGGAUGUUGCUAUUGUUGGAUUUGGAGAGCUGUUCAGAUUCGCUGAUGGGUUGGAUUAUGUGUUGAUGGCUAUUGGGUCUAUUGGUGCACUUGUUCAUGGCUCUUCUUUGCCUCUCUUUCUCCGCUUCUUCGCCGAUCUUGUUAACUCUUUUGGGUCUAAUGCCAAUGACGUUGAUAAGAUGAUGCAAGAAGUUUUGAAGUACGCAUUUUACUUUCUCAUUGUUGGAGCUGCAAUCUGGGCGUCUUCCUGGGCAGAGAUAUCAUGUUGGAUGUGGACUGGAGAGAGGCAAACAACCAGGAUGAGGAUCAAGUACUUGGAAGCAGCUCUAAACCAGGACAUUCAGUACUUUGACACCGAGGUUCGCACCUCCGACGUUGUUUUUGCCGUUAACACUGAUGCGGUGAUGGUCCAGGAUGCCAUUAGUGAGAAGUUGGGCAAUUUCCUUCACUACAUGGCAACUUUUGUGUCUGGAUUUGUGGUGGGUUUCACAGCUGUGUGGCAAUUAGCACUGGUCACUCUAGCAGUGGUUCCUCUUAUUGCUGUAAUUGCUGCAAUUCACACCAACACACUAGCUAAGCUAUCUGGGAAGAGCCAAGAAGCUUUAUCGCAGGCAGGAAACAUUGUAGAACAGACGAUAGUCCAAAUUCGUGUUGUUUUGGCAUUUGUUGGGGAAUCAAGAGCAUUGCAAGGCUAUUCGUCAGCAUUGAAAGUGGCUCAAAGAAAUGGUUACAAGAGUGGAUUUGCUAAGGGAAUGGGAUUGGGUGCAACUUACUUCGUAGUUUUCUGCUGCUAUGCUCUGCUUCUCUGGUAUGGAGGUUAUCUUGUUAGGCAUCAUUACACCAAUGGAGGACUAGCCAUAGCCACCAUGUUUGCUGUCAUGAUUGGAGGAUUGGCUUUAGGCCAAUCUGCCCCUAGCAUGGGUGCAUUUGCCAAAGCAAAAGUUGCUGCUACAAAAAUUUAUCGCAUAAUUGAUCAUAAGCCAGCUGUUGAUCGGAACAGUGAAUCUGGGUUAGAGUUAGACUCUGUCACAGGGCUAGUAGAGCUCAAAAAUGUAGAUUUCUCCUACCCAUCUAGGCCGGACGUGCGGAUUCUUAACAAUUUUACCCUCACUGUUCCUGCCGGAAAGACCAUAGCUCUGGUUGGCAGCAGCGGCUCUGGCAAGAGUACUGUGGUCUCCCUCAUUGAGAGAUUCUAUGAUCCCAACUCAGGGCAAGUUCUGCUAGAUGGGCAUGACAUCAAGGCAUUAAAGCUAAGAUGGUUAAGACAACAAAUAGGACUUGUUAGCCAAGAGCCUGCUCUGUUUGCCACCACCAUUAAAGAGAAUAUACUUUUGGGCAGACCUGAUGCAGAUCAAAUUGAAAUCGAAGAAGCUGCCAGAGUUGCCAAUGCACAUUCUUUUAUUGUCAAGCUACCUGAUGGCUUUGAUACUCAGGUAGGUGAGAGAGGACUGCAGUUGUCUGGAGGGCAGAAGCAGAGAAUAGCUAUAGCAAGGGCAAUGCUGAAAAACCCUGCUAUUCUGCUUUUAGAUGAGGCAACAAGUGCAUUGGACUCUGAAUCAGAAAAGCUCGUGCAGGAGGCCCUUGACAGGUUCAUGAUUGGGAGGACAACUCUUGUCAUUGCCCACAGGCUCUCUACCAUUCGCAAGGCUGAUCUUGUAGCUGUUCUCCAGCAGGGUAGUGUCACUGAAAUCGGAACCCAUGAUGAGCUCAUUGCCAAAGGAGAGAAUGGCGUUUAUGCCAAGCUCAUUAGAAUGCAGGAAACAGCUCAUGAAACAGCUAUGAACAAUGCCAGAAAGAGUAGUGCAAGGCCCUCAAGCGCCAGAAACUCUGUGAGCUCACCAAUAAUUGCACGUAACUCUUCCUAUGGUCGUUCACCAUACUCACGCAGGCUGUCUGACUUCUCUACCUCAGAUUUUAGUCUCUCCCUUGAUGCCACACAUCCCAAUUACCGACUUGAAAAGCUUGCUUUCAAAGAGCAAGCUAGUUCAUUUUGGCGCCUUGCAAAGAUGAACUCUCCUGAAUGGGUUUAUGCUCUAGUUGGUUCUAUAGGGUCAAUUGUUUGCGGCUCCUUGAGUGCUUUCUUUGCCUAUGUCCUCAGUGCUGUACUCAGUGUCUACUAUAAUCCAAACCAUGCUUAUAUGAGCAGAGAAAUUGGGAAGUACUGCUAUUUGUUAAUUGGGCUCUCAUCGGCUGCACUAAUCUUCAAUACCCUGCAGCAUUUCUUCUGGGACAUUGUAGGAGAAAAUCUUACAAAACGAGUGAGGGAGAAAAUGCUGGCAGCAGUGCUAAAAAAUGAAAUGGCAUGGUUUGAUCAGGAGGAAAAUGAGAGUGCUAGGAUUUCAGCAAGAUUAGCUCUGGAUGCAAAUAAUGUCAGAUCAGCCAUUGGAGACAGGAUUUCAGUGAUUGUACAGAACACAGCAUUGAUGCUAGUUGCUUGCACUGCAGGGUUUGUUUUGCAGUGGCGCCUAGCCCUUGUCCUUAUAGCUGUCUUCCCCUUGGUUGUUGCAGCCACUGUUCUACAGAAAAUGUUCAUGACUGGUUUCUCUGGAGACCUAGAAGCUGCACAUGCCAAAGCCACACAACUGGCAGGUGAGGCCAUAGCCAAUGUAAGGACUGUUGCUGCUUUCAAUUCAGAGUCCCAAAUAGUUGGUCUUUUCACCUCCAACCUUCAGAUUCCUCUCCGGCGCUGCUUUUGGAAGGGACAGAUUGCCGGUAGUGGAUUUGGAAUAGCCCAGUUUUCACUCUAUGCUUCCUAUGCUCUUGGUCUUUGGUAUGCAUCCUGGCUGGUGAAGCAUGGGAUUUCUGAUUUCUCAAAGACAAUCCGAGUUUUCAUGGUCCUCAUGGUUUCAGCCAAUGGCGCAGCUGAAACACUAACCUUAGCUCCUGACUUUAUCAAGGGUGGUAGAGCCAUGCGCUCAGUCUUUGACCUGCUUGACCGCAAAACAGAAAUAGACCCUGAUGAUCCAGAUGCCACUCCAGUUCCUGAUCGUCUUCGUGGAGAAGUUGAACUAAAGCACGUAGACUUCUCUUAUCCUACUCGCCCUGAUGUCCCAAUUUUCCGUGAUCUCAAUCUUCGUGCAAGAGCUGGAAAAACUCUAGCACUUGUAGGCCCAAGUGGAUGUGGUAAGAGCUCAGUCAUCGCACUUGUACAGCGAUUUUAUGAGCCAUCAUCAGGAAGGGUUAUGAUUGAUGGAAAGGACAUUCGAAAAUACAACCUCAAGUCCCUGAGAAAGCACAUUGCUAUGGUUCCUCAGGAGCCAUGCCUCUUUGCUACUACCAUUUAUGAAAACAUUGCUUAUGGGCAUGAAUCAGCAACAGAGGCUGAAAUCAUUGAAGCUGCUACUUUAGCCAAUGCUCAUAAAUUCAUAUCAGGAUUGCCAGAUGGGUACAAAACAUUCGUCGGGGAGAGGGGAGUGCAGUUAUCUGGUGGACAGAAGCAGAGAAUUGCCAUAGCUCGAGCUCUAGUAAGAAAGGCAGAACUUAUGCUACUUGAUGAGGCAACAAGUGCGCUAGAUGCCGAGUCUGAGAGAUCUGUCCAGGAGGCUCUAGACCGUGCUUGUUCAGGAAAGACAACAAUUGUGGUUGCACACAGACUAUCAACAAUAAGAAAUGCCCAUGUCAUUGCCGUGAUCGACGAUGGAAAAGUAGCAGAGCAAGGAUCCCACUCUCAUCUAUUGAAAAAUUAUCCUGAUGGGUGUUAUGCCAGAAUGAUACAGUUACAGAGAUUUACACAUAGCCAAGUCAUUGGAAUAACUUCAGGUUCAAGUUCCUCUGCUAGACCGAAGGACGACGAAGAGAGGGAAGGCUAAUGAGAUCAAGAGAAAGCAGCAGCACUAAAAGGAGUAUAUUCCCACAUACCCCUUGUGAUUUUUGAGUAAUUUUUUUUCCAAGUUUUAAUGCCAUGGUAUAGUAUAGUAUUGUGUAUUAUCUAAUUUUUUUUAUCAUAUAUUUUCUAAUCUUAUGAAUCUUUCCAAGAAAAAACUAUUAUGACAAGUAGUUGCAGGAGUGAAAUAUAGUGAUUAUGUAUUUACCAAAAGAAGGGAUUGAUUCCUAGAGGCAUCCCUCGUGCA